AUGGACAGCGCAAGAGACCUAUCAGUACUAGAGGGGGAGGCUCCAGCACAGGGUGGUAGAAACUAUGGCGAACCGCAUGCGAUUAGCGCCACACUAUCAGAGAAUCAGAGCGACUCAGAUGACAAGUCGGACGGCUCUAGCAACGAGUCGGACAUGGACGAAGAGGAAAAAUCACAGCGCUAUUCGAAUAAAAACCACAGCGAGCUGGAGGAAAUCGUGACCUCCAUUAAAGCGUUCAAGAAGGAAGACUGGGCCGACAUCGACACGGAAAAGGCCUUUGGAGAGAAUUCAGACCGCUGGCCCAAUUUAGGCGUCGCCUCGGAGACAAGGGGAGAUACCGUCCUGCAUAUGCUAAUAACGACGGACUAUGAGAACGACAGAGAGAGGGAGAACCUGGUAAAGGCGAUCCAAUGCACGAUCCAGUUUCGCCCGGAGUUGUGGACAAGACACAAUUCCGAGCGUGCAACUCCUCUGUACCUCGCACUGACCAGUCCUAAUGCGAAACGCAUCGAUUUACUGAAGCAGGACCUGUUUAUCUCCAGACCCUCAAGGAAUACGAUUGACAGGGCGCUGCUUGGAGCGGGAAUUGCGGCUGCAUGCACAGCCAAGAAGGAUAACUGCCUGCACCUAGCACUGAAGCAUCGGAUUCACAGCACGUCUCUCCUGACGUCGAUGAUUAAAUAUGCCAGUCCAGACGCAGUAAACGCAACUGAGAAGAAUAACUGGACGCCGCUGCAUCGCGCAGCCAAAUACGAACACUCGAGCUCGGGCAGUCUGAAGAUCAUCAAAGCCCUAAUUGCGAGAGGGGAAUCCGGAGAGCGGACGGAUGAUGUAUCGUCUGGCUGCGCAUAUGCUCUUGAUACGUACGUCCAGGUAGACAAUGAGGAGCUGUCUGUGUACCAAUAUCAUAUGAAAACCAGAGAGGAAAUGAGACCGCCACCAGCCACUUCCAGCCGACAAGCAAAUAAGCCCAGCCGGAAGGAGUCCAGCAAAGCCGAAAAGAACACCCGGGGUCCCAAUCGAUCAGUUGGCAACUCACAGCAGACGCCUACACGGGACAGGGCCAACAUAGGCGCCAUCCGAACGGCUGCAGAGACUCAAGAAGAGCCAAGGGAGGAAGAACUGCUCAAUCCCGGCCUGCGUCGUUCGAGUACCAUGAAUAUGACAACGGAGGGUAAACCGAGUGCCACGGCAGGCAUGAAGAAGGAAAGCACCAGUAGGGACAAAGACCAGGGCAAGCUCAAGCUAGAAAAGUACUCGGAGGAGAUACGCAGCGAAUUGAAACUACACUGCCUGCGAACCAGGAGUGUUACCCAGGCUCUCUACUUCGACUACCGUGGCCUGCCCACUGAAAAUGCAGACCCAACCACCUUCUACGACAACUUCCAGCAGACUCGAUUCGACGAAGUGCUGCAGUACGUAGAGUUCCCGACUGUGCACCUGCGACAGACCCAGGACCCUCGCGGCGAGACCAUUAAACAACUCAAGGAAGUCUAUCAGUCCAAUACCAGGGGACGGAAGGAUCUUCUGUUCUUUUUCAGUUGGCUCAAGGAUAAGAAGGUGAAGCAUAUAAUUAACCUCAUUGUGGAAGACACCAAAGAUUCACACGCAGACGAUGCCAUCGAGGCCUGUCUGUCUGGUCUCCGGGUAGACGUACUUGACUGGUCCAAGCCAGAUUUAGAUCCUGAGAUGCUGUACAGUGCUUGCCCGGAUGUGAGAGAGUUGCAUCUGUAUUGGGGUGGCAACAAUGCAAUCCUGCGAGCCUGGGCUGAGCCUGCAGGUCUUCCGAUGCUCAAGAGCCUAGAACGGAUUUACUUGUACUAUGACCAGAGCUGCCAUAGAUCAAAUACCAAGGUUGACGACUUUAUAAAGCGGAUCCAAACCCCUUUGCCUGUCCCAGACACUGCUGGGCCAAAGGCUAGUACCGAGGAGGUCGUAUCAGAGCCCGUGAAAAAGAGUAAAAGAUCCGCUGAUUUAUCAACCAAAAUCAAAGUGAUCCCAAAGCAAGCCCCGGCCCUGGACAUGGACGGCCGCGAAGGCGCGGGGAUCACGGCGAGUGCGGAGGGGCAUAGCACAUCCCACUCCACAGUGACAGUGCACAAAUGGCUCAAGAGCAUCGACAAGUUUACCAUCGAGCUGAAAGCGCUGAUGGCAAACAUUUGGCGCGCGUCCCACAUGAGCGACGAAAUCAGGGUCGCCCUGAUUGACGACGGGGUUGACCUUUUGGAAAAGGAGUUCCGCGAAAGGAUCCUGCAUGGUAAGAGCUUUGCUGCGUAUGGUCACGAUCGAAACCAGCGCGAGAAGCAGUGGUAUGUAUCGGACCGGGGUCAUGGCACUGUGAUGGCUCAUAUGAUUCUGUCGGUGUGCCCUAUGGCCAAGAUAUAUCCGAUCAGGCUAGAAACGACCAGGGAUCCCAGGACGCAGUCGUCCAGGAUUUUGCCAGAGUCGGCAAUACGCGCCAUCGAAGCAGCAGUUGCAAAGGAUGUCCAUGUCAUCUCCAUGUCCUGGACAGUAGAGCCGCCCAAGGGCAAGACCAAAACCGAGUUCGACAAAGUCCUGGCCAUGGCCGAGGAGAAGAAUAUCCUCAUGUUCUGCUCCUCGCCCGACGAAGGCAACUUUGCCAGCGACCACUAUCCCACCGCAUGGGGGCCCGACAAGCUCUUCCGUAUAGGGGCCUCGCAGGCAGACGGCCAUGCCUACGGCCUGGUGCAGUGGAAUAACGUCGACUACAUUUUCCCCGGAGUCGACGUUGUGCGAGCAAAUAAUCGCCACAUCCGGUUCCGUGGUCUUGAUGACGAUAAAUCAUGCACUGGCUCGUCGGUUUCAACGGCGUUGGCUUCGGGGCUGGCUGCGUUGAUUCUCUGGCUCGCUAUUAUUGGCGCCAAAUACUCUCUCGAUGCGGGCCAGAUGGAUGUCCUGAAUAGCAGGGACGUGAGCAGGCUGCGAGAUGUUAAGGCCAUGAAACAAGCAUUUAAGAACCUGGGUGCCGGUCAGUCUCCGCAUGGCAAGUUCGUUGAAAUCUGGUCGGUUCUCGAAAAGCCAUGCAGUGGGCUCAAGGAGCACCGGGGAAAGGCACCAGAGGACAUUGAAAAGUCGCGGCAGAUCAUCUUCAAUCUGGCAAGGGAUCUUGUAACCAAGUCUUGA